GGAAAACCUAAACGGAGAUGCAGUGCAUGUGGUUCCAGACAGAGUGUGCCCUAGCUUACCAGAGGUUAGAGAAGUGGGGAGACGCCCUUAAGAAGUGCCAUGAAGUCGAUAGGCAUUUCUCAGAAAUAAUUGAGGACCAGUUCGACUUCCAUACGUAUUGCAUGAGGAAAAAUGACACUUCGGUCAUAUGUGGGAUUACUGAGGUUAGAGGACGUGUUGCGUGCCCACCCGUUCUACCUGCACGCCGCGAGAUGUGCGAUACAGGUCUACCUGCACCUGCAUGACAAGCCGCCGCAGGACGAGACCGCGGAGCAGGACACCAAUACAGGUGAGUUGAGUUCAUGUAUAUACAAACUGUAGUGUCUGUCCAGGAA